GUCAAACCGCAACUUGACCAAAACUACCCCUAUUCAUCCAAACAUAUCAAGGGUAGUUUCAUAAUUUAGCAUUUUAAUACUAGAAAGUUCUUAAGUAGGUGAAUCUUAACCCAUGAGAUGCCAUCGCAAUUCUGAAUCUGAAAGAGAAAGAUCCCACACCUUUGGAUUUGAGAAGAGAGAUGGCUUCUGAAAAGAAGGUUCUAGCUUUCGAAGAAGUUUCAAAGCACAACAAAACCAAGGAUUGUUGGCUUAUUAUCUCCGGCAAGGUGUUUGAUGUGACCCCAUUCAUGGAUGAUCAUCCUGGAGGCGACGAAGUUUUGUUGUCCUCAACAGGGAAAGAUGCUACGAAUGACUUUGAAGACGUUGGUCACAGCGACACCGCAAGGGACAUGAUGGAGAAGUACUACAUUGGUGAGAUUGAUUCGUCUACUGUUCCAGCGACAAGGACAUACGUUGCACCAGUUCAACCCACGUACAACCAAGACAAGACACCGGAGUUCAUCAUCAAGAUUCUCCAGUUCCUUGUUCCAAUCUUGAUCUUGGGUCUUGCUCUUGUUGUCCGUCAGUAUACCAAGAAAGAGUAGAGGCAAAGAGUCUUCAACUUUUGCUUCGUAUUGGAUAACUCUUUCUGAUCUCUCUGUUGUGAAACUGUUGUUCGGUCCUAGACUUCAUCAAUGUCCUUAUUGAAACUACUACGAACCAAUAAUUUAAUGUGUUUGCUAGUCUUUUCGUUAGUCGUAUCAUCUAGCUUUUCUUUUGCGUGUAUUAAUUGAGAUGUUUUAAACUUUCAUGAGCAAAUAAAAGAGUGCUUUGUUUUUCCUAAAAUGUGGAAGCGAGAAAUUGAAUAGCUACCAUUGAACUUAUAUGAUCCAUACAUUUGUGGAAAAGGACAGUAGCUUCAGACUCAAUCCCUUACAUGUCUUUACCGACAGGAUAAUGUCUUGGUUCUUUUUCAUUAGUACUACUACAAUAAACGUGAUAGAUAGAGUCUAGUAUCGUGUUGUCUGUGUGAUGAUGAAAACCGAAAGAAAUAAAUAGCAAGGGACAAGUAGACGGUAAAGAACCAAACCGUGAUAACCUUGACAAAGCGCAAGGGCCUUUGUGUAGUAAAGAGCACCUCAUUUCUCGCUCUGAACGAAACAUUUUCACUCAAAUGCUGAGAGAUUGAGAGGAAAGAGUUUCAAUCUUAUCAUGAAGCGUCACAACAAGGUGAUGAGCAUCAUCAAGAAGCUUCCAGACAUCAAGCUGACCAGCCAUGCUAUUACAUUCUUCCACAAUCUCAUCCAUACUACUGUACUUCUGUAUGAUC